AUGGUUUCCGUGAUCGUGAUCGUUGUUAUCGCCGUCAUCGCCUAUUAUGCUGUCCGCGACCUCCGGCGCUACUGGGCCCUACGCCAAUUCCAAGGGCCGCCUCUAUGUGGCUUCACCAGAUACUGGAUGUUCAAAUCGGCGACUUCAGGUCGUCUUCAACACUAUUACAAGGACUGGAGUGUCAAAUACGGUCCAACAUGUCGCAUAGGCCCAAACUUCUUACUAACAAAAGAUCUCGCUGUCAUCAAACAGAUAAAUGCUGUCCGGGGCGAUUACAGUCGGAGCGACUGGUUCGUAGCCGCCCGCAUGCAUCCCACUCAGGACAACAUCACAAGCUACAUGGACGACAAGAUCCAUACGAAAUACUCUGGAAAAGACAACCCCCAUUUGGAGCAGGAUAUCGACACAGCGGUGCUGAAAAUGGUCGAUUUGAUACAAUCGAAAUAUCUCUCCUCGCCUUCCAACUACGUCCAAUUUGACCUCGCCCGCAUGGCCACCUUUUUCACGCUGGACACGCUCGCGGCUGUCGCCUAUGGCCGCUCCUUCGGCUUCCUGGACAAGGACGAGGAUCCAUUCGGAUACCUGGAGCAGACCAAAAUCUUCUGGCCUCUCUUCCAGUUCAUGGCCACCUUCCCCGAGCUGCACAACAUCAUCCGCAUCCCCUUCAUCCGGAAGCUCUGGCCGACGGCCGACGACGUCCAAGGCCUGGGCGCCAUCAUGCACUUCGCGCAGGAGCUGGUGGCCGAGCGCUUCGGGCCCAACCCCGUCGUGCGCAAGGACAUGCUGGGCUCGUUCAUGGCGCACGGCAUGCUGGCCAAAGCCCAGCUCGAGGCCGAGACGCUGAUCCAGAUCUCGGCCGGGUCCGACAGCACCGCGACGGCGAUCCGCAUGGCGCUGCUGCACAUCUGCACCAACCCGCGCGUGCUCGCCUCGCUGCGCCGCGAGCUCGACGCCGCCGUGCGCUCCGGCGCCGCCUCGCGCCCCGUCAUCCGCGACCAGGAGGCCCGCCGCCUGCCCUACCUGCAGGCCUGCAUCAAGGAGACGCUGCGCGUCGUGCCGCCCGCCGCCGGCCUGCUGCCCAAGCGCGUGCCCGGCCCGGCCGGCGACACCAUCGCCGGCGUGUGGGUGCCGCCCGGAACGGACGUCGGCUGGAACAUCCAGGGCCUGAUGCGCGACGAGGCGCUCUUCGGCCCCGACGCAGACCUCUUCCGCCCGGAGCGCUGGCUGCUCGAGCCCGACGACGCCAAGCUGGCCCGCAUGCUCGACGCCCAGAGCAUCAUCUUCGGCUCCGGCAAGUACGGCUGCCUCGGCCGCCACGUCGCCAGCUUCGAGCUCGACAAGGCCAUCGCCGAGCUCGUGCUCCGGUUCGAGUGGGAGCUCGCAGACGUCAAGGACCCGCUCAAGAGUCUCUGCAUGGGAUUUCAUUUGCAGGAACAGCUUUUCUUCAGGGUUACCGAGAGAAAGGUCGUUGGGGGCGGGGACGUCAAUGGGGAGGAGGCGUGGGAGAAGGUGGGAGCUGAGAGGAGAGAUUUUGGAUUGGAAACGAAGUGGGAGGAUGUGUGA